AUGAGCAACGCCACUCUCGACACAGCAUCGCUUGUAUACGACGAUGAAGAGGAAGAAGAGUUCAUUGAGGAUGCCUCAUUGUUACUGUACCUUCGGUUCUACGCCCGCCACUUCAUACCCAUCUUUUGUAUGGUCGGGAUCCUGGGCAAUUGCAUGGCGUUAAUGCUGAUUCGGUAGGUUGAGGGGGGGGGGUGGAAGAUUAGGAGGAUGGUAGGAGGCAGGGGUAAAAGAUAGAUAUGUUUUAGAGAAUAGAACAGGGUGGGGUAGACAUUAAAUGUGCUUUUGAGGGAUACAAAAGUUAAAAAAGGUUGGGCAUGGGAAAAAUGAGUAGCUCAGAAAACUUUUUAUAAAGAAACGACGGGAAGAAGGGGUGUAAAAAUAAUUUUCGUUUACUAUUUGUAGGGUAGGGCAGACCAAAAUACGGCAGGGUAGGUUUAAACAGGGUAAACCUAGGGGAGGGUAGAGUAAAACAGGUUAGGCCAGAUCAAUGCAGGGCAGGGUAGCAUAGAACAGGAGAGACGAAGAUAUGGUACGGUAGCGUAAAGCAGGAUAGGAUCCCGUAAAGCUUGGUAGAGCACGGUAGAAUAGAGUAGGGUAGAGUAGGGUAGGGUAGGGUAGGGUAGGGUAGGGUAGGGUAGGGUAGGGUAGGGUAGGGUAGGGUAGGGUAGGGUAGGGUAGGGUAGGGUAGGGUAGGUAGGGUAGGGUACGAUAAAAACUUUAAAAUUUUCGUUUCAGGACAAAUUACUGGUUAAAGCGCCUCACCUCCAAUAUAUACCUCUGCACCUUGUCGAUAUGUGGUUGUAUGUUUUUAUCGACCGUUCUCAUCACCUGGCUCGACACCACUUUUGGGUUUCCAUUGUAUUCGGAUUCGGAAUUUGGCUGUAAAAUGUUCACGUUCAUGGCACAUUCGUGUGAUUUCAUUUGUGUUUGGAUGAUCAGUUGGGUGUCGUGUGACAGAGCUAUAGUACUGUUUCGGUAGGUUUGAUAUUUGUUUUACAGCUUUUUACUAAGCCCAAGCUCCAUUACCUUAUAGGUACACUUUUUUUAUACUGAAUAAUAAUCCUACUAAGCCUAAGCCUACUAAGCAUAAGCUUAUUAAGUAUAGGCAGAUUAAGCCUAAGUCUGCUAAGCCUACUAAGCCUAAUCCUACAAGGUCUAAGUCUACGAAGCUUAAGACUACCAAGUUUAAGCUUAUUAACCUUACGAAGCGUAAGCCUGCUAAGCCUAAGCCUACUAAGCCUAAGCCUACUAAGCCUAAGCCUACUAAGCCUAAGUCUACUAAUUCUAAGACAUUUUAGCAUAAGUCUGUUAAACCUAGCUCUACUAACCCAAAGUCUACUAAACCAUAGCCUACAGAGUUGUAUAAGACUAAGCCUACUAAGCUUAAGCCUACUAAACUUCAACUUAACUUACUUUUACUAAGCCUUAUUCUAAGCCUAUAAGCUUAAACCUAACCUGGUUAAGCUUAAUCUAGCUUAUAGAGCCUGAAAUUAAGUCUGCUAAGCCUAACUCGCUAAGCCAAUCCUAAUAAGGAUAAACAUAAACUUUAAUCUACUAAUUUAGGCCAGGGAUUAGAAAAAGAGUAUGCUCAAAAACCUUUGCUCGACAUUUAGUCAUCUGUACGGUACUAUUCGGUGGUACUCUUUAUGGCUGGUGCUUGGUCUUCGCUGGCCUGGAGCCAUCUGUUAAUGGUGCCACUUACUGUGGUCUAAACUCGGAUAUCCAAGUAGCUGAUUACAACCUCAGAGAACUUCACAUCUUCUUCUCGUUCUUGGACACCAUAUUGUGCACCAUUGUACCAUCUUUGUUGAUAGUCAUCGUUAACAGUUUGAGCAUUUGGAGGUAUCGACAAUGCAUGAAACACUACUCGGGUGGAGUACUACGGGUACGAUUCCUCGUGGAUGGGAAGGUGCACCACUCGGUAAGUUUAAAGAAAAUGGUAAGAACUUUCUUUACAAAACCAAAAAUGGCAAAAAUUUUCUUUACAAAACAAAAAGUGGCAGAAACUUUCUUUACAGAGCAAAAAAUGGCAAAAACUUUGUUUACAAAACAAAAAAUGACAAAAACUUUCUUUACAAAAUAAAAACUGGCAAGAACUUUCUUUACAAAACAUAAAAUGGCAAGAAUUUUCUUUACAGUUUAAAAAAUAGCAAGAAUUUUCUUUACAAAACAUAAAAUGGCAAGAACUUUCUUUACAAAACAUAAAAUGGCAAGAACUUUCUUUACAAAGCAGAAAAUGGCAAGAACUUUCUUUACAAAGCAGAAAAUGGCAAGAACUUUGUUUACAGAAUAAAAAAUAGCAUUUAUCGUAUAAAUUGUUGGCCGCAGACUGCGCAGUACCUAAUUUGUCUUUUUUAAGUGUAAAUGGCAAUAACUUUCUUUACAAAACAAAAAAUGGCAAGUACUUUCUUUACAGACCAAAAAAACCAAAUUAUCGUAUAACUUGUCACUCGCAGGCUGCUCAAUAAUCUAACUCUUUCAGACUCACCUCGAAGACCUGACAAACCCAAAACAUCGUCUAAUACGUCACCAGGAGAGUGAACUGUCAUUAACUAACCAACUGUCAACUCAAAGCCAAAAAUCUCAAUAUGGCAGCCGGCUGCGCUCAUCUGAUUUGACCCUCAGCCGGUCUUUACUUAUUGUUACGAGGUAGGUCUAUUUUAUAAAAAUAGCAUUUAUUAGGGCUACGUUACAGUAUACUUGACUGAAAAAUAUACAAUAUUAUACUCAAGACUUGGGUAAAGCAUACUGUAGCAACGGUUUUUUGAAAACUGCAAAAACUUUGUUUACAGACGUUUUUUUAAAUGUUUCUUUGGAAAGUUUGGUACAACUGACAUUAUGCGGCAUAACUACGGUGGUUCUCACUGUUUUUUUCUAAAAGUUUAGCAUAGUUCAGUCAAGACUCUGUGGAGUCUUACUGUAAUUAGAGUUUUUAUAAACAAGAGCAAAAACUUUGUUUACAGAGGAUUUUUAAACUUUCAAUUGUUUUUUUUUGAGUAGCUUGUAACAACUGACAUUUUACUUUAUAUUUACUGUAUUUCUUACUAAAUUUCUUCAAAAUUUUGGUUCAAUAGGGCCAAGACUAUGCGAAGUCAUACUGUAACAACAGUUUUUGAAAAAAGUGAAAAAACUUUGUUUACAAGGCCUUUUUUAAAUUGUGAUUUUUUUGCUAAAAAAGUUUUGCUACAACUGACAUUUUUACCGCAUAACUACAGUAUCUCUUACUGUAUUUUUUCUAAAUUUCAGCAAAAUUGGGUCAAAACUAUGUGAAGUCAUACUGUAACAACAGUUUUUUGAAAAUAAGUGCAAAAACUUUGUUUACGAGGCCCUUUUUUUACUUGAAAUUUAUUGCAGAAAAAAUUUUGGUACGACUGACAUUUUUUCUUUAUAACUACUGUAGUUUUUACUGUAUUUUAGAGAGAAUUUAAGAAAACAUUGCCAAGUCUAUACCAAAUCAUACUGUAACAAAAAAUUUUAUAAUUAGUUACAAAAACUUUGUUUACAAACCUAAUAUUUGGUUUAUUUUCAGUACAUUUGUAUUGCUCAAUGUGCCAAACUACGCGUUUCGACUGUAUGAGGCCGUGUUCAACGUGGAACAGUCAGCUUUGUGGCAGUUCUUGUUCUUCACUACUUAUUUGUUAUACUACUUACAUCAUGCUGUGCUCUUUUACAUGUACAUCUUCUGGAGGUAAGAGUUGGGUGGGGUGAUUUAAAAUGUUUUAGGGUGGGGUAGAGACUAACAUCUUAAAGUAGAGUACUGCAGAGUAGAGUAUUGUAGGGUAGAGUUGGGUACUGUAAAAUAGCUUAAGGUACUCUAUGGUAGAAUAGGGUACUGUAGUAUAGAGUUGGGUAGGGCAGGGUAGGGUAAGGUAGGGUAGGGCAGGGCAGGGUUGGAUAGGGUAUAAAAUUUAAUUUUCAAAAACUUUACUGUACAGUAACUUAUCGUAUUUUAGUCCCCAAAUGAAGAAGCAGCUCCGACCGACCGCCUUAAAACUUCUGGAGUGCUAUUGCUUUAAGACUGUGCCUGACUUUGGUCAUGGAUCAGAUGAAUCUGAUGACGAAAAAGAAAAGGAGAAAGAUAAGAAGGAUAAAGAGAAAGAAAAGGAUAAAACAAAAGACAAAGAGAAGGAUAAUAACAACAAGAAAGAAGAGAAAGUUGAGAAGAAAUGA